AUGAAUUUGCGCGAGCUUUUGAAAAAGUAUGGUAACAACGUUGGUUUGCACAUGAAGGCAGUCCGCAGUUAUGCGCAUCAGUUGCUCAUGGCACUACGAUUACUCAAGAAAUGCGGUCUUGUGCAUGCUGACAUCAAGCCUGAUAAUAUACUGGUGAAUGAAUCAAAAUUGGCGCUGAAAUUAUGCGAUUUUGGAUCUGCUGGGCAUGUACGAGAUCAGGAGAUUGCCCCAUAUCUAGUUUCCAGAUUUUAUCGAGCCCCAGAAAUAAUGUUGGGUAUUCAACAUGAUUAUGGAAUUGAUUUAUGGUCCAUUGCUGUAACACUUUAUGAGGUUUAUACAGGAAAAAUAAUGUUUCCAGGCAAGAGCAAUAAUCACAUGCUAAAGGUAUUUGGUGUCAAUAGUUUGAACUUUGUUUUUCUACUUUUUACAUAAUA